AUGGUGCUAUAUGUGGUUGGUCUAGGCCUCGGCGACGAGCAGGACGUGACGCUGCGUGGUCUGAACGCCAUCAAGAAGUCCAAGAAGGUCUUCCUAGAGAACUACACGUCGGUGUUGGGCGUAGAGCUGGAGAAAUUGGGCGAGUUCUAUGGCCGUGAGGUGAUUCUAGCCGACCGCGACUGCGUCGAGACCGGCGCUGACCAGAUUUUCGCCGAUGCCAAGGACGAUGACGUGGCCUUCUUGGUCGUGGGCGACCCGCUCUGCGCUACGACCCACUCAGAUCUGAUUCUGCGCGCCAAGGAGCUGGAUAUCAAGGUCGAAGUGAUCCACAACGCGUCCGUCAUGGGCGCUGCGGGCUCCUGUGGCCUGCAGCUCUACUCGUUCGGGCAGACCGUGUCUAUCCCCUUCUUCCGGGACGAGUGGCGUCCCGAUAGCUUCUAUGAGAAGAUCCAGUACAAUCGUCGCGGCGGCAUGCACACGCUGUGUCUGCUGGACAUUAAGGUGAAGGAGCCCGACUUUGAGGCCAUGUGCCGCGGCCGCACGGUCUACCUGCCGCCGCGCUUCAUGACGGUGAAUCAGGCUAUUGAACAGCUUAUUGAAAUCGAGGAGAAGCGUCAGGAAGGAGCUUACAGUAAAGACACGAUCUGCGUAGGCAUGGCACGUCUCGGCCAGAAGGACCAGACCAUCAUCGCCGGCACCAUGGAGGAGCUGCUGACCGCCGACUUUGGCGCUCCGCUGCACUGUCUGGCCAUUACGGGAGAGGUGCACCCGCUCGAAGAGGAGAUGCUCAAGCAGUUCUACAUCAAGAAAUAG